AUGUCAUAUACGUCUAGAACACCGUGUAAAUUCUUCCAGCAAGGGAAUUGUAGGAGAGGUAACUCAUGCAAGUUCGGCCAUUUUCUAGCGAAUGACAACAAUAGAACUACCAGUAAUGAUGAUCCAUAUAAAUCAUUCAUCAGUCCAACCUCUAUAGAUAAACACAAGAAACAGAUAUUAGACGAUAUGGCUGACGCUGCCAGCUAUGCACUUACACCGUUGACAUCAGCCUACAGUCUUGCUGAUCCAUGCGCUGUCAACCUUAUACAGGCAAGAGAUAUUUCCCUCGAAGAACUGAGAUUCAAGUACCUACAAGCACAAAAAGCAGGUCAAUUAGACCAAUAUACCGCAGAGGUCCAAGCUAGGAACUCUGAUAUACAGGUUUGUAUGCAAGAGGUCAAGUCGCAUCCUGAUAUCGCUGUACGGUUUCUUCAGAAAUGUACUCAGGAUAUAAAAGAGCUUGGGCAUCGCACAAUACAACAGGACUUUAUUAAAUUCCCAGUUGGAUCACAAAACCAGGCUUCUAGCUUGAAUAAAACUGGUAAUUUUAACAACACUACAACUGGAAUGUUUGGCGUAUCGGGGUUUUCUGGUACUGGUCCAGCAGCUGGUGCUGGCACUUCUUCAGGUCUGGGUAAUGGCCUCAAUAUGACCAGCAGUGCUUUUGGCAAACCUGCAUUUGGAAAUACUGCUACAAGUAGUGGUGGAGGAUUUGGUUCGUCGUCAUUUGGUUCAUCAGCUUUUGGUGCACCUGCAUUUGGAUCAGGCUCUACAGGAUCAGGGUUUGGAUCAUUGACCGCAGGAAAUCAAAGCAACGGGGCAUCCGGAGCCUCGGGUACUGCAUUUGGUAAGCCUGCAUUUGGUAGUGUGGGACAAGCAGCAUUUGGUCAAACAGUUCAGGCCAAUACCAACCAAUCACCUUUUGGAAGUAUUUCCAAUACUUCUGGGAAUAGUAUACCGAACUCAUCACCAUUCGGUGCUCUAGGUGCUGGAACAAAUAAUGUGAGUAAUCCGUUUAGUGGAAAGCAGAGCACAGCAUUCGGCUCACCAGCAUUUGGAUCAACUCAAAAUAACGCAAGCAAUACACAGAAUACAGCAACAGGCUCAAUGUUUGGUGCACCAGCAUUUGGAAGCUCUCCAUUUGCUUCAUCACAAAAUAACGGCCAAACUACAUCCCCAUUUGGCUCUUUGAAGAAUCAGAGCUCUAAUAAUAAUAAUAACUCAUUUGGAAGCCAGCCCAAUCAAAACUCUAUCGCCGGAACUUCAACAACUACAUUCGGUUCAUCCCCAAAUAAUAUAUCCAAUCCAUUUAGCAGUAAUAAUAAUAAAAGUACUGCUUUUGGAAAUAUCGGAACUGGUACAAAUACAGCAAAUAAUGCUUUUGGAACAGCUACCCCUGGUAAUAAUGUUUCCACAAAUCAACAGACUCCUUUUGGAAGUUCUGCAUUUAACAACGCUAACACAAACACUAAUAAACCGGCCUUUGGGUCUAGUGGUUCGAAUGCUCAAUCAUCACCGUUUGGUACAACAAAUUCAAUACAAUCUAAUAAUUCCAGCGGGCCAUUUGGAAAUCCUUCAGCUGUCCAAGGUAAUUCGUUUGAUUCACCAUUUGCAAAUUCAGCUACUGCCAAUCAGAGUAUAGCUUCAAGUUCUCAAUUUUCUCAAAACUCAAAUCAAAACUCUGGUAAUUUCUUUCAAGGCUCUGUGGAGAAAGAGGAUCAACCUCCUGAUAUUUCUGAAUUAGCGAAGGGAACUGUGGAUACAUUUAAGGCUGCCCAGUUUGUGUUGGGACAGGUACCGGACAUACCUCCUCCUAUGACAUUAAUAAAUUAA